GGCUCCAACAAGACAUGAACAGUGUAUUAACAAGACUAAACACACUCGAAACACUGUCCAUUGUGCAACAACAGGUUCGGGACCGUGAUGACAACACGAGUAGAAAACCAAACCAGACCUCUUCUUGGUGGCCAUUCCCCAAUUUUUCUGGCAGAACAGUAAUGUUUCUACUGGUCUGGCCAAUUAUAGUACACUGGGUGAUUAGGUUUUUAUCUGGCAGAAGAAGAAGGCCAACACGGUGAAGCAUUAAAAACGCUUGAGAUACAAGGAAAACCUAAGCUUAAUACAUGGAGUCAGUGAAUUCUUUUACCACCAUGAAGUGAAGUAGAUUUCAGACUUAAUUCCUAAUGUGGGUUGAUACCAUGUUUGUGCAAUAGAUGUAUAAAAUCACAACCAUUGUUAAUGGAUGUCUAAUAAGUUAUCCAUCAUCUGUGAAGCCUGAAGUGAUCAUGAUACUGAAAUGAAUUAUAAAAGCCAUAUGCCUUUAUCUGUUGUAUGAUAUGGCAUCCAGUAGGAAUGUAGGAAUGUGCAAGAUGACAACACAUAAUCAUAUUGCUGUCUCUGCCAAUGGAGGUGGUUUGUUCGUUUUAUCAGUGUUGGUUUGAUUGUAGGCAAGAGGCCUCGAAAAGAUUUUCAGAAAUUUUAAUGCAAUUCAAAUGAUGGACAGUUAUUCAGGUAGGAAAGAAGUUUGGACAGUUUUAAUCUGGGUUUUAUAAUAUGUAUAAAACAAUUUUAACUGACUUUAAAUCAUUGUGAUACACUGAUAAAAAAAAUGUUAGUGACAACUGCACUGAAAAUAUACCUAAAUGCUAAAAUGCAAAAAAUCAGAAGUAAACGUAUGGCUCAGUCUUGCCAUUCAAAAUGGAUGUCACAAAAUUUGUCAGUGAAACUAUAUUGAACACUUCCACAAAACACAUUGUAUUUCAUAGAUUUCUUGUCAUGAAAUAUAUUUUUUCAUUUAGUCUGUAACAGUAUUGUGAGUAUGCAUAUUAAAUAAUUAAAAAUGAAUCACUCAAGCUGUAAUUAUUUUGUACUUAUGUUCAAAGUUUCUAGUCAUAAGGCAGAAAAUCUAAAAAGAACUGAACCUUGCCUUAUACUGAAUAGGUCACUUCUUCAACAUCAAUUUAAGUAAGUUUUUAUCUUAUUUUGUGAAGUAUUUUUGUGUGGACAAUACUUGAUGGAAGUAUAUUUUAAUAUUUCAAAUGUGAAUAUUGUGAAAAAAAAAGGUAAGUUUACAACCAAGAACACAUAAGUCCAUUUCAUGAGGAAAAUCAGUCUUGCAUUUCAAAUUAAUUAUUAAAGUGUUUUGGAUAACUGGACCAUUUUGAACACGCAUGUAAAGUUACUUUCAUAGCAAAGUUUAAAAGAUAAAAUAAAAGUCAACACAAGAA